CAACUAAAACCCAUCUCUAGACGUGUCAAAAAUCGGAAAAAGUUUUAAAUCCGGAUCCGAAUGUAAUCCUAUUCGGAAAUGGCAUGUAAAGGCGUAAAGCUCUAGACUUCCAAAUCCACAUGGAACGUACCACCGCCUUUCUUACUUCACUUCGUCUUCGCCUCUAUAUAUAUAUAUCGCCAAUCACAACAGCACCCUCCACGGCAAACCCUUUUAGCCUCCCAGCAAAUCCCAACAAUUAAUCCAAGGUUGUCAGCCAUGGCCAUCCUCUCCGAUUACCCAGAAGACCACAAACUUCAACAAUCUUCCUCCUUCACUUUCAAUGCGGUUCUUGAACCUUCAAACCCUCUUGGGUUCUUGGAAUCUGCUUUCAACUUUGUCUCUCAAAACUCCAAUUUGUUCAAGACAGAGUCUGCCGAAAAACAAAUAAUGUCGUCGGUUCAUUCAAUCAAGGAAAGAAUCGAGGCUGAAGAGGUGGCUGAGAAGAAGAAGCGUUUGAAACAACAAGCCGAGAAGAAGGCCGCUUAUGAGAAACAACAAGAGAAGGAGAAGGAGAAGGAGAAGGAGAAGAAACUUGUUCCAAACACAGGAAACGGUCUGGACAUGGAGAAUUAUUCGUGGGGUCAGUCCCUUCAAGAGGUCAACAUCAACGUUGCAAUCCCUCCCGGAACAAAAUCCAGCGCCCUUUUGUGCGACAUAAAGACGAAUUAUUUGAAGAUUGGGCUCAAGGGUCAGCCGCCAAUCAUAGACGGGGAGCUAUAUAAGCCCGUGAAAGUUGACGAUUGCUUUUGGAGUUUGGAAGAUCGGAGGGAAAUUUCUGUUCAGAUGAGCAAGAGAGACAAGACAGACUGGUGGAAGUCUUUGUUGAAGGGCGGUCCGGAGAUUGAUACCCAAAAAGUGGAACCGGAGCCGGGCAAGUUGUCUGACUUGGACAUUGAAACUCGUUCUGCCGUGGAGAAGAUGAUGUUCGAUCAGAGGCAGAAGCAGUUGGGACGUCCGACCAGCGAUGACAUCCAAAAGCAAGAGCUGCUGAAGCAAUUCAAGGCUCAGAAUCCAACCAUGGACUUCUCCAAAUUUAUGUAAACAUUAUCAUUUAUAUGGGUUUUUGAGGUUGGAAAUACUUAGAAAUAUUUGCUGUUGCUCUUUUUUUAUUGCUUAGUCUAGGAUCCCGCACAAAAGUAAAUCUUCAAUUUUU